AUGGACAAGAUGGAAGCACUCAAGCGCCAAAUAAGGCAAUUACAAUUAGAUUCUCUAUCGGAACUGAGGUUCAUCGACAUCGGCCUCAAUCUCGCGGACAGCAUGUUCCGCGGUGUUUAUAGAUCCAAGCAAUCUCAUCCGGACGAUCUAAAAGCCGUGGUGGAGAGAGCUCACAGGGUUGGUGUCGAUGGCGCCAUGCUCACCGGCGGUAAUCUAGAAGAAAGCGUCGAAGCACAUAACCUCGCUACUCAGUUCAGUGACUUCGCGUACUUCUCCACAGCUGGUCUACAUCCUACCCGCUCAAAUGAAUUCGUCGACGGAUACAUCACCCAACUCGAGCAGUUCAUCUCCGAUAACCGAUACAGAGGCGCCGUCAGAGGGAAGAGGGUAGUGGCUGUGGGUGAGUGUGGUCUUGAUUGGGACAGGUUGCAUUUCGCCGAUAAACCUAAACAGAUAGAGGCUUUCACCGCACAGCUACAACUAGCUCAGAGACUGGACAUGCCUAUGUUCCUUCACUCCCGUAACUGCCACAGUGAUUUGGUCAAGGUCAUCAAAUCUACCUGUGGAAUCAAGCUACCGCGAGGCUGUGUGCAUUCUUUUACUGGGACUGUUCAAGAGAUGCACGAAUUAGUCAAAAUGGGUCUAUAUAUUGGUCUGAAUGGAUGUAGUCUUAAGACAGAAGAAAGUAUCCAAGUAGCCAAGGCUGUUCCACUCGACAGACUCAUGAUCGAAACUGAUGCUCCGUGGUGCGGUGUCUCAUCUACUCACGCUAUGCACGAGCACAUUGAUACUCUUGACGACUUCUUCAAGCUUAACCCUCCGCUCAAGAAGGAAAAGUGGAGUGAGGAAGCACCCGUUAAGGGUCGCAACGAACCUGGUUAUCUCCCCCUCAUCGCUCAUCUCAUAGCUUGUGCGAAGGAAUUACCUUUGCAUAUAGUCGCUAAUGCCGCACACAUGAAUACUAACGCUCUCUUUGAAUUGUAA